GACAUAAGUAAUUAAUUGGCACGAGGUCGGCAUUAGGCACGAUAUUUUCUGCACUUUCCUCUUUGCACAAAUUCUCUGUCAUUAUUCCUUGGCUGGGACUGUGUCCGUGUCUUUCUUUAUCAUUUUCUUCAUCAUAUGAGCAUGCGAAACUCACCCCACCUUCGCUCGUUUACGUGCAUAAUUUCUUUCUUCUCAGCAGCACGCGCAUUCAGCGUGACAGUCGGGACUCCAACUCAAUGCGACGAUCUCUCUGUUUCAUGGACUGGUGGUCAGCCACCAUUUGAGAUCCUCUUGACUCCCGUUUUCGCAGUACCGCAGAAUAUAUCUGUACCAGCAUCAGCCUUCAGCAAUAACAAAGGCUCAUAUACAAUAUCCCAAUUGCCAUUUUGGAAUGCAACAGAAUUUCUACUCACUAUGUCUGAUGCCACCGCAUUUGGCUCAGGUGGGACGUCACCCAUCUUAAAGGUCGGUAAUCCUGUUGCCAAGAACAACUGCAACACUACAGGUGCAUCUGUGGAUUUCACGUUUGAUUUGCCAACAUCACUCCAGCAAUGCAAUGGGUAUACCUUUGAUGACUAUGGCAAUGCAACCCAACCCAUUACUAUUACGGCACUUAUUCCUGGUGGAGAGUCGCUUAUACUCUACCCUCCGAUUGGCCCCAGUUAUACUUGGGUUGCAGAUGUUAGCGCCGGGACGACCCUCGUAUUUGUGAUGACAGAUUCCCAGGGUAGGCAAGGUGGCAGUUCUGACCUCGAGACGGUGUCACUUUCGAACAAUGCCGCGUGCCUCAGCUCCAACUCACCAUCGUCAACUGCAUCUGUGCCUUCGUCCACCACAGCAUCCACGUCAGCUGGCAUUUCGCCAACGUCCAGCCAAAAUACUUCAUCAAGCAGUCAUACUGUUACUAUUGCCAGUGCGGCGAUUGGUUGUGUGGUAGCCCUCGCCGCGUUGGCCUCCCUCAGCAUGUUCUUGUUGCGCAAACGAAGAGCGUCUCGCUCUCCGUACGUCAUGUCUUCUUCGAAACGCCAUUCACAUCGACUCCCAUCUAUGGAUCUCGACCACGAAGGGAGCCGAUAUGGUCACGUUCCACCAAUUUACCCAUUCCCAUAUCAGACAGACUCUGUCAGCCAUCUUGCUCCACCCAUUCAUCCUGCAGCCCAAUCACACCUAACCAGUCCGUCCACUGGCGAUUUUGCGCUCAGCAAUCCUCACACACCAUUUAGCCAGACACAGCAUUCGCGUCAAAUAUCUAAUACAGACAGCUUCGCCGGGGACGGGGAUGGUGGAGGUUCAUCUAUGACAUCUACUGGCAGACGAAAAGCUGCAAUGGCUGGCCAAACAGCAUACAAACCUUCCACUCGGUUCAUCUUACAUACUGAUGUGGAGGACAUUUUGCCAGACGAUAAUGGCAUAGUAGAACUUCCCCCGCAGUAUUCAGAGCAUCGGCAACCCCUUACCACACAACCUGGGUCUGUACCAAGACCGAUAUCAUCACAGUCUGAUUACUCGAGUCUGACCGAUCUAGCAUAUGCCAGUACCGCGCCUGCUUCACCCACUUCGUUGCACUCUCCUUUACCACCUCAUUCAUGAUGCACAAUCUAUGUUGUCACAGUGCGCACUCUCUCGUCUCCUUGGACAUGUUGCAGACAGUUUUCUUUCG